AUGGAAAUCAACCAGAACAUCCCUAAAAUUAGCAUGGUAAAGGGAGCACCACAUAAGAUGAAACAGUGGUGGAAGAAUAUUCGUCGGGAACACGGAGAUGAAGUUCGGACGCACCUAGGGGAAUUAACUACAUUGAUGAACAUCCGAACAGACAAAGUGCUCACUCGCCUGUUGAUAGAAUUUUGGGAUCCAACUAAAGUGGUAUUCAAAUUUGCCGACUUUGAGCUGGUACCGACAUUGGAAGAAGUCACAAGUUUUACGGAGCUGCCAUUCAACGUAAGAAAGCCAGUGCUGCCAGUCACCAUGGCUGGCUAUCGGUUCUUCGAUGCUCUAGGUCUUACCAACAGCAGAAGUCUCAGAAGUAUCGAGGAUGGAUGGGUAAGCCUCGACCAAAUGUUUGAUAGGUUUGGGCACCGUGAAAGCUACGAGUGGUAUUCAGGGGAGUUUCAAUUUGACCAAGUGAUAUGGAAAAGCCUCAGGCCUAACACUUUCGCAAUGGAACUGUUAGGACUAUUGGUCUUCCCACAGCGAAGGGGCCGUAUCAACAUCAACUUGUUACCAGUGGUACUGAAAACCUUCCACGGCAAUCUUCAAGCUACUUUAGUGCCGAUGGUGUUAGCCGAAAUGCUGAGAGCCUUAUCCGCCUAUGCACGGGGAUACGAUAAUUUCAAAGGAUACAACUUGUUGCUGCAGAUUUGGGCUACUGAACACUUUUUCCAAUGGGAGGCUACUAUCGACCACUUCGUAGGUGUCAGUGGAAGAGCAAUCUUGAGGACUUCCCAAAGGUACUUCAUUGAGUUGAUCGGAUUAGAAGGCAUUCAGCCGUACUCACCACUGCAGGUCCUCAGACAAUUUGGUAUGAUCCAAGAUGUGCCGUUGUGGACAAGGACGACGUUGUACGAGGAUGACUAUAAUGGCCAGAUCCCAAUUCCUAGGAUAAGGAAACUGCAAGAAGAGUGGAAUGACCUGGUAACAAUGCAUAUGGGUCAAAAUUCCUGGUGCACCCCUGAGUACUACGUCUGGAUUAAUGAAGAAGAAGAACUGGCCCGCCCGAGCAGAGAGGGUAUAGCUUGGUUAGAGGAUGCGGUGGUUUCUUUGUAG